UCAAGCCGAAGUGACGCGAGCUCCUUGGUUUCGACUAAAUGCGCAUGCGCACACAGAGGUUUGCCAUCAUGGCGGCGUCAUUACCAAAAUAUGAGUUGAUUUUCGGCGUUUAAAAGACUUCAAAAGUAAAAAACACAGAUGAGAACAUGCAUAGCGACAAGAAAUUAACCAAGGAAGACACAUGGACACCAGCUGACCUGAGAAGACACAUCAGGGAGGAGGAACGUGGUGAUGACAAUGUCAGGAGGCGAGAUGACAAUGAGAGAAAGCCCCGUGGUGGGGAAUCCGUAGAGAGACGCCACAGGGACCCAGAGAAGGAGUCCAGACGACAGAGAGACAAGCCCAGGGAGGUUACAAGGGAGAGAAGAGAUGAAGAUGAAAAAGACAGACAUUCAGAUCGACGAAAAGAGGGCUCACGGGAUAGGAGAGGCGAUAAGGAAAAGGAUAGAAAGGAUGACAGGGAGAGGAGAAGGGAAAGAGACAAGCUGGUAGAUGGGAAGAGGUACGAUGACGAUUACAAGAGGCGAGAUAGAGAGGACAAGCACGAGAGAGAGAAGGACAAGGAAAGACAUAGAGAUAAGGAGAAAGUGAGGGAAAGGGAUAAAGAGAGACGCAAUGAGGAGGACAGGGACAAAGGAAGGGAAGAGAGACAAAAGGAAAGACGCAGAGAAGAGCGGGACAGGGAGCACAGGGCUGAGAGGGAGAGACGGGGUGCAGAAGGAGGAAAAGAUCGACUGGAAAAGCACGAAAGCGAAAAGAGAGUGCGGCAUCAAGAGAGAGAGCGACACAAAGGCGAGUAUGAAGACAAGAGGAACGACAAAGAAAGACGAGAGAGACACAGAGACAGAAAGCAUUCUGAAGUGAAGGACGAAAGAGAGCCCAAAGAAGAACAGAGAAGACAUAAAGAGGAGAAGGAAAGGAGACACAGAGAGAGAGGAUAUCAUUAUGAAAAGCGGAAGCAUGACAGCGAAUCCGGGGAGCGUCGAGACUUGAAGGGUCCGGGUGAAGAGGUCAGGCGUCAUCGCGGUGACGCAGAGCGAGCGGAACGGGACAAACACAAAGAGAGAAGGCAAAGAGAGGAGGAGGAGGAGGAACCGGAAAGAGAUCCUCACAGAGACGGGACCAGCUCCAAGAAAUCAGCAUCUGACAAAAGUCAUAAGCAGGAGACUAAAACCGAGGUUGCCAAUGAUGAAGAUUUGGCUGACCAGGAAUAUGAAGAUGACUUUGAGAAACUGGAAUAUGAGGAGGAUUUUGAGGAGAUGGAUGCGAGCGUAGGUGUAGGCGAGGACGAGAGGGAGCCACAGCAGCCAGAGGUGGGUGAAGAGAGGGAGGAGCUUUCGCCACAAAGGAAGAAGGAAAUUGAAGCAAUUCAGCAAGCCAUGGAUGAAGAGAACGAGAGAGUCGGGAUGGCUCAGUCCAGACAAGCUACGAGCAGAGUGGAGGAAGAAACGCCUAUAUGGUCCAGAGGAUCAGAAAAGAGCCAGAGCCAGAGUAGAGCCUCCCAGCAGGGGAAGUUUAUCGACUUUGUAGCCGCAAAGCAGCGUGAAGUCAGCAAGAAAGUUUCCACAAAGCAGAAGAAACGCAGUACAGAGCUUCUUCGCUUGAUUGAUCUGGAUUUCUCAAUGACAGUCUCUCUUUUGGAUCUGCCACCAGUGAAUGAAUAUGACAUGUAUAUCAGAACCUUUGGAACUGCAAACACUAAGCAGGCUUACGUCCAGUGUAAUGAGGAUAAUUCCGACAGAGACAUCCAGACGGAGGAGAUCGAGGUGUGUGAGAAGUGGACGCAGCAUCCUCCAGAGCACAAUGGAGGCUGUGGGGAUCCAAACCUCUCCCACGAAGCACGAAACAAAAGUGAAAUGAGCUUUGAUUCGCAGUGUCUGACAGCGUUUCUGCGCUCAGCCUCUCAGGUCAUGGUUGUCCUGUUGGAAGAGGAUCGAGCUGAGAGGAAAUCCCUGAGGAAGCUGAGGUCUCAAACAGACACGCCGUCUUUCAGCGAUGGAAGUUUACAGCUCAACACUAAUUUGUCUUUUCUUUAUGGUCGCCGCAUCAGCCUGGUGCACUUCUCUCAGGUCCAGAGGCACACCAUGAUGUCAGUCCACAGCCCGACAACUAAGCCCAGCGCUGUGCGCCUUGACAGCAGCACUAUCAUCUGCAUCUGGAACAUCUGGGAGCCGUCCAGACCUCAAAAAGUCCUCGUCUACGAAUCUGAGGUGCAGUGUUGCUGCUUCAGCCCUGGAAAGGCCAUAUUGGUGUUUGCAGGCACAUCAGUUGGCUCCGUGGUGCUGUGGGACCUGAGGGAGCACGCUAGUGACCAUUACCGCCUGACGAUAGGGGAGGAUGAAUGGACUUUCCGACAGCCUACCUUCUCCACUGAUGCAGUGAUGGCCGCCUUGAGCCAUGUCUCAUCUGUGACAUCUGUAGAAGUUGUCCCCUCCACUGCACCGGGGGGGCUGAGGCCAGAGGUCCCCCUUUUGGCAUCCGAGGAAGAGUCGUCGGGAUUGUCAUUCCAGCUGGCUUCUCUGGAUGAAAUGGGGGUUUUGAAUUUCUGGGUGGUAGUGGAACUCCCAAAAGCCAACGAGGCAGGCUCUCCAACUGAUCUAGGGCUCCGGCCUAGUGGCAGAGUGAAGUUACUUCACAGCUCCCACCUCCUCGCUGCUGAGAGGGUAUCACCACGAGAUGCAGCAAAAACAGGGCCGUUACAGAUGCUUCUUUUAAAAUUCCUUCCAACAGACUCCAAUCAUUUCUUCAUCGGCACCAAUAUGGGUCUGGUCAAUCAUGAGACAAGUCACGGUUUAAAGGCCCCACCAAAGUGUUACAGGUUUCAGGAGGCCGGAGUCCGACCUAUUGAUGUCACCUCUAUCCACUUUUCUCCAUUCAGGCAACACUUGUUCUUGGUGGGUUGUGGGGACGGCAGCAUCAGGCUGCAUGACGUCAGCCAUGAGCAUCCUGUGGCAGAGUGGAAGAACGGCACAGCUGGUGAACCGGUGGUCUCGCUGCAGUGGGCCCAAACCAGACCUACAGUCUUCUGUGUGCUCGACGCAGCCUCGACCCUCCACAUAUGGGACCUGCUGAAAAACGACGCAGAGCCUGUGGUCACCGAAAGGAUGGAGUCGGACAGGGUGACAGCCAUGGCUGUGUUUGGAGACUCAGGACAACAAAACACAUAUUCAGGAAUAGCACUUGCACACGAAUCAGGAAAGAUAGAAGUGCAGUAUUUCACAAGACAUUUUACUGUGCCCAAUACUGCGGAAGAGGAGAAGUUGGAGAGUAUGAUGGCUGAAGCCUUCUGAAACACCGCAUCUAGUAUGCCUGCAUUUGGACUGAUGUGUUUGUGCUAAUUUUAAAACUCUGGAUCAAUUUAUGAAUCUGUUUUGGUUACAGUCACUUUGUAUACUAUAUGUCAUACUAAAAUUUGAUUUGUGUGUUAAGUUUUUCCCAUAUCGCUAAAAGAGUUACAUGAACAUAGCUAUGAAAGGUCCGCUACAGGGGGCAUGGUACCAUUUAAUAUCCUCCAUAAAUACAUUAUAAGAAACAUAUGAUGUAAAUGUUUGCUGAUGUAAAUAUUUCUACUGUUUGAUUAAUGUAAAAUAUUGGUACAUUAUUAACAACUUUGAUUUUUAUAUAAUAAAGGGACUAUAUCUG